AUGUGCCUAGCAAGACAGAACUAUUACGAGCAUAGAGCAAAAGCUAGAUCCAGUCCUCAACACUAUUUGUCAUUGAUUAUAGACAAUAUGGACCAAGCAAAAACAACACUUCCAAGAUUUUCAUUGAAUUCAAAGACUGACUCAGCCUAUGCUGGAGUGCAUCAUCAUGUUACUGGUGCAUUAUGCCAUGGUUUUGGACUGGACUUCGGAUUUACUUGGACAGACCGAUUCCACCUUGAUUCAAAUGUCACAUUGAACUGCCUACUGAAAGUUCUUCACCAUGUCAAAGAGAUCAACAACAAUGCACUGCCACCAGUUUUGUAUUUGCAAGCAGACAAUUGUGGCAAAGACAACAAAAACCACUUUGUUCUGAUGUUUUUAGCUGCUCUUGUGAAGGCAGAGGUAUUCAAGAAGAUUAAACUUUCUUUUUUGAUGGUGGGACACACACAUGAGGAUGUGGAUCAACUGUUCAGCAGAGUCAGCACGAAGUUAUGCCAAGAGAAUGCACCAACGCUUCCAGAACUUCAUUCAAGAAUUAGAGAAGCAUCAACACCUUCACCAAUUGUGAGUCACCUUGACAGCAUUUUUAAUUUCAAGGAACAACUCAUAAAUCUUAACAGAUGUGACGGAAUAAAAUCUCUACAUGUAUUUAAAUUUGUGAAGGAUGGUCCCAGUGUGAAGAUGUCGAUAAAAGACUGGCCUUUGGACUACGAAGAGUACAGAACAGUGAAUUUAGAAAUUUGCACAUCCUUAAACCCUGUGAGGAAAAAUCCAAAGAUUGACUCAAUCGCAAUGGUUAGGGACCUGCCAAAAUGGAAGCAAGCAGGACGUUUGACUAGGGAACAGCACAACUGGUGGCAGGAAUACCUUGAAGGGUUAAACACAGAUUAUCCAGCCCUGCCAUCAGUACCAUUACCAACAUCUCUACCAAAAUUCCAGAUUCCAGCAGUACAAAGGCCAUCUAGGGCACUGGAUCCAAACAUUUUAGAUGCCAUUAAUAGACAUAUUACUCAGCUGCAGACUUCGUCAGAGGUAAGACAAGAUAAUUUAUUUGGUGAAAUUUGA